CCAUCUAAAUACCACAUCGCGAAAACUGCAGUCAUUGCAUUUCUUGUAAUGCAAAUCGAGAUGUAGAGAUAGUAAUUCAGCCAUUAUAUUGCAGGUGAACGAGAGACGGAGAGAAUCUCGUAAAAGGAAAUUGGAACAUGAAGAAAUUCGAUUGAUGCAAAUGAUCGCUAGCAAUACCGGAAAUUGUUGAAGAAACAUUACGCACAAAGAAUAGAAGUCUUUGUUUUGAAUAAGUGCCCUUCGGGAACGGAUGGUGUAAGAAAUUAUACGCAAUCCGAGUGCAGGAUAAAAAGAAUGCAACUGCACGAGAAAAACAGCACAUGAUAUUAGAAUAAAUUAUACGCAAUUCAAACUGUUAUAAACACUGUGAAAUACUUAAUAUUUAAAAAGUGUAAUAAUUUGGAGAAAAUUAUGCUCAAGUUGAACUUUCGCAUGCAUAUUAACAUAUUCACUGAUUGUUAAUCAGGGAUCAAAGAUGCGAUUCUUGAGAACAAGGUCCAGUAUUAGCUGCGUCUAAUAUUUCUUUCAACAUGCAACUGUAACAAUACGUAGCCGCGGAUGAAUCUUCACGCACGCAAUAUGCAUUAGACAUACAUAACUCACCCCACCUACGCAAGUCAGACAGAUUUUUUUAUAGUGUAGCCGAUAAGCCGAUAAACUUGGGUGAAGAGAUAGAAGGAAAGUGCGGCAAGAGAUAAACAGUGCAGAGAGAGAAGAUACUCUUAUUGUUAGUAGGUCAAUCAAAUCUUUAAGUCAUGUCGACGAGAAGACGUGCAACAAACGCGCUGCGUAUGUCGCGGGCCCGGAUGGCCGACAUUCAAUUCAAGAAUCUGUCGUUCGAGGUACAGACUGGAUAUCGCGGGACCAAGAAGAAGAUUCUGAAGGAUCUGAACGGCGUCUUCAAGGCCGCGGAGCUGACGGCUAUCAUGGGACCGUCCGGUGCCGGGAAGUCGACGUUGUUGAACAUUCUGACCGGAUUCCAACAGGGACAAUUGACGGGCACGGUCGAGUAUGUCAGUAGCGAGGGUAAACAGAACUGUAACAAGUACAAGAAGCAAUCGUGCUACAUUCAACAGACGGACAAUCUGUACGGUCUGUUCACCGUUCAGGAGAGCAUGAUGAUGGUGACCUAUUUAAAGAUCGGCAAUAAUGCGACGAAAAUAUUCAGGCAGAUACUGAUCGACAACAUCCUGGAGACGUUGCAGCUGGCGAAGGUAAAGGACACAAAAGUCGACCGGCUCAGCGGAGGGCAGAUGAAGAGGCUGAGCAUCGCCCUGGAACUGAUUGACAAUCCGCCGAUAAUGUUCCUGGACGAACCGACAACCGGCCUGGAUUCAAUGGCGUCCCAUCAGUGCGUCUCCGCGUUACAGACCCUGGCGAAGAGCGGUCGAACGGUGAUCUGCACCAUUCAUCAGCCGAGCGCAGCGCUCUAUCAUAUGUUUGACCAUAUUUACUUGGUGGUCGAUGGCCAGUGCAUGUACGCCGGCCCGCCCGACAACACGGUGAGCUAUUUCGCCCAGCAGGGUUUUCAGUGUCCCCACUAUCACAAUCCCGCGGACUACAUGUUAGAGGUGGCCAACCGGGAGUAUGGAGAUUACAACAAUCAACUGAUCGCGGCGGCUAAGGAGUAUUGCCAGAGAGAGGAAACACCCCUGAAGAUGCGCAUCAUGAGGGAAGCGUCGUUCUACGACGAGAAAACGAGAGAGAUGAUGGAUCCGCCCUCAGAAAUGACGAAAUUCAAGAUAUUGCUAUACCGUUACUCCCUGAUAGCGUGUCGAGAUUGGUCGAUAACUCACAUCAAGUUAAUGUUGCACUUCCUCGUGGCUAUCUUGUUGGGCUUAUUGUUCGAGCAUUCUGGCGAUGAUGGCAGCAAAACCAUCAGCAACGUCAGUUUCUUGCUGGUAUGCGGGAUGUACUUCCUCUACACCAAUUUGAUGCCGGCCGUGUUGAGAUUCCCUUUGGAGCUGGCCAUACUGAAGAAGGAGCGCUUCAACAACUGGUACCAGCUGAGGACUUACUACACGGCCACGCUAGUGAUGAAUGCACCGUUACACAUAUUGUCCAGUGUUAUUUACUCAACCAUCACCUACGUGCUAACUAGGCAGCCCCAGGAAUGGUUCCGAUAUCUCAUGUUUCUACUCAUCACGACCCUGACGGCUUUCACCUCGGAGAGCGUAGGCUUGGGUCUAGGAACACUUUUCGACCCCAUUAACGGCACCUUCUUUGGGGCUAUCACCGCGUGCGGGAUGCUGGUACUAGCUGGCUUUUUGGUAUUUUUCAAUCACAUGCCACAGAUCCUUUACUACAUUAGCUUCAUGAACUACUUCAGAUUCACCUUUGACGGCUUAGUACAGGCGGUUUAUGGCUUUCAACGAGAGCCGAUACAGUGUCCGAGUGAUAUCGAUUAUUGCCAUCUUCGAGUACCGUCGCUGAUACUAGAAGAGCUGCGUAUGACCAAAUCUAUAUUCUGGAUCGACGCCGUCGUCCUGUUCGCCUGGUUCGUGGUUAUUCGGCUCGCGUGUUACAUUUCGUUAAAAAGAAGGCUUUCGAAAGUAUGAUGAAGAUCCCCUGUGUAUAUUGCUGGUAAAGCGGGUAUUAUCAUUGUAUUUAAAAUGUAGCGUAAUUCGCCGAGAUUCUUCUGGGUUCCGUGAGCAAAACGCUGCUUUCGUACCGAGGAUCAUCGGAGAGGCACCGAAGAGGUUUGUUGACGUCUCGCAAGGAUGUGCCCGCUGAAUAUUGUUAGAAGAAAUUUGCAUGUCAGUAUGGCUGUGACAGCGUUAGUGUGCUCAUCGCUUCGUAACAAGAUCUUUCCGCCAAGGUAGAAGGUGGUGAAUAAUUUCGAAGUAUAGUAUGUCUCUUAUCUCCGUAGUGAUUCUUCUACGGUCUCAAAGAUAGAGAAAUGAUAGUUUGUAUAUAAAGUCGAGACGUGUCGGUUGCAACGAAAGAAAUGCUUACGCAACUCAUGUGCAGCGGGAAGUAAAAGUAACGCUUGUAAUUGAGUUCGGCUUUUCCAACUCGAUCUGAUACAAACCAGCGGGAUAAGAUACGGAGGAUGGAGUACGGUUGUAGAAAGUGAAUUGUGACAUUGUAGACGCCAAGUGCGAGACGAUACUUUCACGCUUGUGCUCGAUGGAGCACGUGCUGGGACAAUGAUGAAUAUAACAUCAUAUUUUACGCGGCUGUAAUUAAAGAUAUGAAAAUUUUAUUGCGUUUCGUGAUUUAUAAUAACCUUCUUCGAGCUAUAUGCCAUAAUCAUAAUUUUUUCCGGAUUUCAGGUAUUUUUUUUAGAUCGGAUUAUAAAUAGCGCUAAAAUCGCUGCAUGCGUGUAGCAGCUCAUCAAGUAUUCAAUAGGCUCUAUCCAGUUUGUAAAUACACUACACCUCUCCGAUAUCUUUGUCCACAUUUGUAUAUCAUUAUGCGAAAGCGGCAGUUUCUGCGAGAAUUGCACUUAUAAGUUUCCUUCCAUUUGCUAAUAUCACAUAAGCAAACAGAUUUUUAUGCUGUUGCUACAAAGUUCUACUUAAGAAUAACUGCAUAAAUAAAAUAAAAUUAUUUUGAAAAGGAUAAAUCUGAUGAAAUCAGCAGAAAAAUCUGUAUUAUUGAAUAAAUUAUUAAUGGAGAUCAAGUAAUAAAAUUAUAGCCUUCGUCGACGAAGAAAUCUUGUAUUCAAAUGAUAUACUUAUCAUGAUGUUAUUUCGAUGUUAAGGAUAUUUAUUAUAACGACUAAAUAACGUCAACGAAAGACCAUUAGCAAUAUAUUAGGAAUUUAAUAUUGGAUCUCUUUCGAGUAAGUUAUUUAGAUUUAUGCGAUAAAAAUGUUUCUUCCAAACCCGCUCAGUUAAAGGGAAUUAUGCAACACGACAUAGAUUUAUAUUUCUCAGAAAGAAAGAAUAAAGCUAAGAGCGAUAAAGCAGCGGAAGGUAUUUCGCGAGUUAGGUAAUGUAAAGACGCGGGUCGUAGGUCAAAAACCACUGAGCGCAUGGAAUUCGCAAUAGGAUUUCUUAACCGAAGCUAACCACGUGUUUCACAUUAGUCUAAGAGCGACGAUGGACCGCUAAUAUCGCGGUCGUGCAAACAUAAUUUCGUAAUAAUAUUAUAUAAGACUGUACAUGCAAUAUAGAAGUUGAGAAAUAGUUAAAUUAAUAGCCUUUCACCAACGAAUGGAAUUACCUUCAAUAAUGAAUUCCUCGGUAAUGAACGGGAGAAAUAAUAUUGUUGUCGAAUUCGAUCUCGCAGAUUAAAUUAAUAAGUUUAUUUCCGCUGCGUUUCCCUUCGGGAAGAGACGAUCGGCGACUUAUCAAAAGUGUAGCGCGAUGAUCUUGUCUUGUAUAUGUAACAUGAGGUACGAGAAAUAUAAACUUCGAAAUAUGGACUACAAA